AUGUCUCGCAAGAGCUGCAAGACAAGCUUAAGAUGGUCGACGGCUUCGGUCGAGCCUAUCAACAGUCAAUCCGCUAUGAACCUUUGCGUACGAUCUCCGCCUAACCAGCAGGCUGCCUACGUCAGGAAAUACGAGCUAAAGCCGUCCGUAUCUCGGUCCCUAUCUGAAAAGGCCUCUGAUCGCGAUCAGUCAGCGCCUGGCUUACUAUACGGCGAUGAUGACAUCUCGAUGAAGCAUUGA